AUCAUUUAUAGAAGGCAAAGAUGAGAAAUGGUGCAGUAUUGGUUGCACUGGGUAUGAUCUGUUUGGCUUCGAUAGUUGAAGCACGCCAUUACCAGUCAUCUCCCUCGUCUUCUUCAUCACCAUCUUCUUCUUCUUCAUCUUCAUCAAAUGGGGGAAAUUCAUCAAGCUGUCCGCUAAAUGCAUUGAAAUUAGGAGCGUGUGUGGACGUGCUUGGAGGGCUGGUCAAUGCCACCAUUGGAGAUCCCGCUGUGAACAAGUGCUGCCCUGUUCUGCAAGGCGUUUUGGAAAUAGAGGCAGCACUGUGUCUGUGUACAACAAUUAGGGCGAAGGUUCUGAACCUGAACAUCAUCCUUCCCAUCGCUCUUGAGCUCUUUGUUCAGUGUGGCCUCACCCCUCCUCCUGGAUUCAAAUGCCCACCUCUUAAUUAAAUAAGGUAGACUUAAAUAAGGGAGCUCUCCAAGGCGAUGCCACUGCUCCUAGUACGCAGAUGGAGAUUUAUUAUUUGAUUUGAUUUUAGUGAGUGUUUGUCUAA